AUGUAUUUAAUUUAAUAAUUUUUAUUAUUAUUUUUUUUAAUAAAAUGUCAACUCGUUACGUUAAAAUAUAUUACGGUCCAUAUGAGGCUUUCUACACAGUUUGUCACAAACCUCAGAAGCUGAGGGGACUUCGAGACAAGCUGCAAAAAUUAGGUUUCCGAGUGGACCUGGUGCCGGUGGACUUCGUUAACCUCUGUGUCCUGGAAAUGUGUGGCCAUGAGGUUUUCCGCUGCAACAUCUGCAACCUGUCCUUCAACUCGUCGUCGGAGCGGGACCCGGUGUGUCAACGUGCAGUCGCAGCCGUUCUGGAAGGUUCUUCCAAGUUCCUCCGCGCCAGAAGCUACCUCUGGUCGUGGGCUCUCAUCGAGGAGCAGAUAUUCAGAAGAAGCGAGUUCGCGCCAAAAGACUAUUGGCCGUUUGACUUCAAGAACAUCACGACCUGCGAGGACUGCGUGUGCUGUGACAAAAACAAGUGACGCCGCGUAUCACGGGACGGGGUAGUUGUGGGACUACGUUAAGCCGUCACUGUUAGCCCGCCCCGGAAAUUAAUUAUAAUAGAUAUAUUGUCUAGGAAGUUGUUUUUUAGUAGAUAUAUACAUAUAUAUUUUUUUGUAAUGACGUGACGGGUAGUAAUAAUAACAUACACAAGUCAAAAGGUCAAACGUGUCCUGCGUGUAUUCAUAAAGAAUUUCUUUCCUAGUGUUUGUUGCUUGUAAUGCGGGUAUUCCUUUAAAUAAGUAGCUUGAAUUUAAAUUUUAUGUUAAAUACAUUUCAUCCAGCACAUGUCCGCAAUCAGUUCAUCCAAGUCAUUUGCAGCCAAAACAACACACGUUUGUCUACAUUUUUUGUUAUUUUUAGACGAAAAAAAAAAGGAUGAAUAAAAACAACGAUAAUU